GCCAAGUGUUGAGACUGGUUGAGACAGAGAGUCAGGUGUAUGUACACGACAGUCGCAUCAAGGUGCACGUACUUGCACUACUCGCCACAGCCUCAUCGGUCAUCCCAUUGUGAGAUACAUACGGGCCGACACGCAUAUCGCGUCGAGUCAUUAUUCAAGUUGGUCAUUCCGUGUUCCUUGGCAUUCUUUGCUUCACGAAACGUAGUUAGAUACGUCUCGCAGCAGCUUCCAGCGAUUGUUAGCAAUCUUGCCACGCGAUUUUAUUGUGUGUCUAUCGUGGUGAAUGUGCGCGCGCUCAUAGAUUCUGUCAUGUCGCUUGCGAGAUAAUGCCGCGGCUGCUGCUUGGCGGUUGCGCUUGGACACUGGAAAAGAACGAGAACAACGAGGUUAGGCACACGCGAUUUAUAUUAAUCCUCGAUCGACGUGUCAAACGCGAACGCAAAUGGCGACCGCUAUCGAGGAGAAUGUGUCUGCACUUAGCGAACAGGUCGACGAGUUGAGUAUUUCCGCGAUGGAGGAUGACGAGAACACAGCGAGCAAGACUGACAACAAUGACGUGGAUGUUACAACGACAAAUUGCGAGCCACAACUAUGGGGCUUUGAAACGCGAGAACUCUACAAGCUCGCGCUUAACUUUUACAAAGAGAAAGAAGGUAAAGCUGUCCAUCUCUCUUACGAAGAUAAAUUGAAACUGGUGGCAUUCACACAACAAGUUACACAUGGAAAAUGCACAGCUGAAAAUGCACCACCACUAGGUGUCUUGGACAUGAUUGGAAGGGAUAGGCGCUUGGCAUGGCAAAAUUUGGGAGAUAUAUCAAAAGAACAGGCGAUGGAAGGUUUUAUAGUAUUGUUGGACAAAUUGUGCCCAUUAUUCAGAACUGUAGUUGAGGCGCAAAAAAGGGAUUUUGAAGAGAAGCAACGGCUUAAGAGAGAAGAGGAAGCUAAAAAACUGGAAGAGGAAAAGAAACUUAAGGAGCUAGAGGACGAGAAAAAGAAACAGGAGGAGGAAAGAUUAAAGGAGGAAACUCAGAGGAGACAAAUUCAAGAUGCUUUAAAUCAGCAAACGUAUUAUCAGUUUAAAGUAUAUGCAGAGCAACAAUAUCCUGGCAAUCCAGAACAACAGGGCGUUUUGAUCAGACAAUUGCAGGAACAGCAUUAUCAUCAAUACAUGCAACAACUUCACCAGAAUCAGUUAGUUAUCGAGGAUCAAACUGAAGAAGAAGAAGAAGAAGAAAAGGAGAAGACAAAAAAGAAGAAUGUCCAAAGAGCAGAGAACAUAACGUGCAAAGAUGACGACGACGACGACGACAACAAAGAUAACACGAACGAAAACGUGAAUGAUGAAGAUUCGGACGAAGUGGAAGACUGGCCACCCAUUAGUGCUGCAGAAAUGUGGACGAGAAAGGGCGUGGAAGAAUUUAAGCAGACAAUUAGAAGGGAAACAGGUGACGCGGUUAUUAAGGUCGGCCAUGGCGAGACCGUCACAGUGCGAGUACCAACGCACGAGGACGGUACGUGUCUGUUUUGGGAGUUUGCGACAGACGGUUAUGACAUUGGUUUCGGAGUUUAUUUCGAAUGGUCAAAACCAGAGACAAACCAAGUAUCUGUAUACAUAAGCGAAUCUGAAGAAGACGAGGACGAGGAAGAAUAUGAAUCGCGAGAAGAUCUAGAGAGCGGAUCAGUGAAUGAUAACGCUCGGCCUGAGCGUAGAACGACCACACCACCCAUAAGCGUUAUAGUACCUAUAUAUAGGAGAGAUUCCCAAGAGGAAAUUUACGCCGGAAGUCAUCAAUAUCCGGGCGAGGGAGUAUAUCUUCUAAAAUUCGACAACUCGUACUCGCUUUGGCGAAGUAAAACGCUUUACUAUCGAGUGUAUUAUACACGGGUAGGUUACACGAAGAUUAAUAAGUAGUCUUUACGUUGCAUAUCGAGACGAGAUGUAUAACAAGUGUAUGUUGUCUGUUGAGCACUAGCCUUGGCAUAAUCGUCUACUGAUAACGCUAGUCCAACUGAAUAAAGAGUCCUAUUUGUAAUCCCUAUUUAGUUCGCGCGAAAACGAUUAAACUUCACAUACAAAGAAAAUAUAUUUAUUAUAUAGUUAAGUAAGAACACGACAUGUUCCAUAAAGUGAGGCGAAAAUGUGUGCGAGGAGGAAACGGAUUCUAAACUAUUUUCAAGAGACGAGAACUCCCAUGGCAUGCGUCGUAUAUAAAUUGAUGAUUCUACGUGCACAAUAUUGCGUAUCUGCGGCGAUUCUUAUGUAUAUUAUUUUUCGGCGUCCACUCUUAGUGAUUUUAAUGAAAUUUUCAAGCGUAUUGGCGCGCAAAUCUUUAUAUAUACAUGAAACAAUAUUCUCCAUUUUAAAGGGUAAAGUUAAGUGUACACGUUGUAUAUCUGUAUUAUUUAUAUGAAUAUUAGCCUGUGGAAUGUUUUUUGCGACUCGAUGUUAUACAGACUUUAUCACUUAGCGUUCACUGUCAUAGCUUUUAUUAAAAUCUUAUUUUUCUUUAAAUACAGUAGCAGAAUGCAGUGCA